GAAGGAACUUGUCACACUUGGGAUUGCUUUACUGAAACUAUAACUACUUGUGAUUUACAAUGGCGGAGCCUUUCAUAAGGCAUAUUCAGCUCCUUGGCUUUGAGAAAAGAUUCUUUCCCAGCCAGCACUAUGUAUACAUGUUCAUGGUAAAAUGGCAAGAUCUUACAGAAAAAGUUGUGUACAGAAAGUAUACAGAAAUAUAUGAGUUUCAUAAAGCACUUAAAGAAAUGUUUCCCAUUGAGUCUGGAGAAAUUCGCAAAGAACACAGAACUAUACCUCAUCUGCCAGCGCCAAAAUGGUUUGAUGGGCUGAGGUCUACAGAGAACAGACAGAUCACUCUGGCUGACUACUUCGUGUCUCUACUCAACCUCCCCACUAUGAUUUCACGUUGUCUUCAUCUUCUUAACUUCUUCAAAGUUAGACCUGAUGAUAUAAACCCCACAUCGAGCAAUAAUGGGCGCAAGCCUGAAACUUUCUUACUGAAGCAAGAAGCCACAAAGAAAAAUGUGUCGGAUAUAACAGGUCCCAUAAUUCUCCAGUCCUACCGAGCAAUUGCAGACUAUGAAAAGAGUUCUAAGACUGAGCUGUCUGUAAAAGCUGAGGAUGAGGUUGAAGUAGUAGAGAAGGAUGAGAAUGGAUGGUGGUUCUGUCAGAUGAAGAACAAACGAGGCUGGGUCCCAGCUGCUUACCUUGAGCCUCUUGACGGUCCAGAUGAGUCUGAAGAGCAAGAUCCUGACUAUGCAGGGGAGUUACAUAUUGCUACAAAAGAUUACUCGGGAGAACUACAGGAUGAGUUGGACAUAAAGAAGGGGGAGACAGUUGAAGUCAUCCACAAACUGCUUGAUGGAUGGUGGGUUGUCAGGAGGGGCAGUGUCACUGGCUAUUUCCCUGCAACGUAUUUGAAGAAGUCAGGGGAAGCUGUUUCUGGAGAUGAAAGCCAAGUAAAGACAAAGGGUUUGCCCCCCCGAAGAGGCACAAUUUCCAAUGCUAACAGUAUCCACAAGCAAAAACGUAAAGAAAUCAGCCAGGAAGCAUACAGGAGAAACAGCAAAAAAUAUCUGAAAGUACGUCAAUCUACAACUGAGGCUAUGGAGACUAUGAUUAUCGACAAAAAUGAAAAAGAGGAAGACAAAUCAAAAGCUCAACCUGCUAUUCCUCCACGGCCAAGCAAGGAGCUCAUUCUGGAUCGUUGUUCAGAAAAUACAAAAAACAAGAUCCGAACAGUGACCUAAAAGGACUUGUUAAAUCUUUAUUUAAUGAUGUUUAGAUAUAUUCUUAAGUGAGUUUAGGGAAUAUCAACACUCUGAGCAGUGUC